CCAGCUCGUUGAAAUACUUCUUUCUCACAACAAACGUCUCUUUUCAGCCAAUCAGCUGUGUCAGACAAGAUCUUCACUGCGUUGGACACACAUCUGAUUCAAAUGUACGUUACAUGUCUGAGUUGCUGUGGAAGUGCGCUGAUCUAAUUCUGGACCUGCCAGCAGGAGUUUAGGAUACCCAACAAUGAUUGAAGGUGUUUCUGAGCUAGCUGCAGUGUGUGUGGGCCUCAUCGGGUUGGUCGGUGCAGCGGCCACGACCGGGUUGCCCAUGUGGAAGGUGACGGCUUUCAUCGGGGAGAACAUCAUCGUGAUGGAGACUCGCUGGGAGGGCUUGUGGAUGAACUGCUUCAGGCAAUCCAACAUCAGGAUGCAGUGCAAAGUGUACGACUCCCUGCUGUUUCUGCCCCCGGACCUCCAGGCCGCCAGGGGUCUGAUGUGCAGCUCUCUGGCCUUGUCCGGGCUGGGGCUCUUGGUGGCUCUUGCCGGGAUGAGAUGCACUUCCUGUUUCCAGGGCAGCAAAUGGUCAAAAACCAUUAUUCUCAUUGUAGCAGGGUUUAUGCAGUUCAUGGCUUGCAUCUGCGUUUUCAUCCCUGUGUCAUGGACUGGUCACGUCAUCAUUACGGAUUUUUACAAUCCUUUGCUGAUCGAUGCCCAGAGGAGGGAGCUGGGAGAAGCUCUCUACAUCGGUUGGGUGACCGGCGCCUUCCUUUUUGCAUCCGCCUUGUUGUUUCUCUGCCGCCGUGUACCCAAGGAUGAAGGCUCAUUUGAUGUUUAUCACCCUGUCAACUUGAUGGAUUACAAGACAGCACAUAACAAACCAGCUCCGAUGAGGUACCAUCCCAUCUCCACUCUUUCCAGCCUCCGGUCAACUCCAUACCACAACUCUCUGCAGAACAACGCUUCCAUCGGACAACAACUUGCGGUGCCAUUGCAAAAUAUCCCACAAGUAAUGACAAAUGACGGAGCCAUGAUAAACCCCUCUAUGGUCUAUAACCCUGCUCUUCCUGAAAACGCUUCCUUGUUCCGUCAAGGAAGCAUGGCUCACCAUUCUUCACUACCUAGUUUUAACCCUGCUGGAAGCCUGUAUACUCCAGCAAACUCCUUGUACAUGAGCCAAAAUACCAAUCCAUAUUCAACUUAUACUGGCCAUCCUAUGUCAUCGUAUCAGUCCAGCUUUCAUCCAGUUCCACAAACUCCUAUUUUUAUAACAUAUAAGGAGUCAAGGCUUCAUCCAGAGACUCACAGUGGGAGCAGCGGGGGAAUGUACAUAUAAAAAAAGUGAUUUAUAGUCGAUCACACGUUACACACAAAACUCUCCACAUUCUUAUUCUUUUAUUCUCACAUGAUGAAAUCAUUAUUUCUGCUUAUUUAUAUGGCCAACCUUGUAGAAUGCCAUGUUUAAUUUAAUUAAAUUAUAUGGUUUAUGUUAUCAGCUUGAACAUAACUGCUGUUAUUAGUGUAACUAAGCAUGAGAAGAAAUUGUUUUCUUAAAAGCAUGGGUAGGGAUUUCUUUUUUUUUUUAUUACAAGACAUCAUCUAAUUGUAACAUGAUAGCCUCAUAUUUUAUUUCUUAUAAUUGUGUUAUUUUAUUAUUAUUACUAUAAUUACCAUAAUUAUUGAUACAAUUGUAUCAAUAAUUACAUUAUUACUCAUUACUCUAUUUGUUAUUGCUCUCACUAUUAUCAAUAAAGGAAAGUUCUGAGUCAAAGUUGCUUCAUAGAUGUAUGUGUUUUGUGUAGAAUUAAGCAGCUGAACCAGAACCACCAUAGCUGGGUGUGGAUGCUUGGAGGAAUCAGAUUAUGAAGAUAAGGUAAACAAAGAGUGUGGGAACCUGUUAAACUUGUCAACAUGGUAUGAAUCGUUCUUGAAUUGGUCUCAUGUUUGCUGCAUUUGUAAUGUGCAUUUCGCUAUACAGAACAGUUAAAUAAAUAAGUAUAAGUAAACACUUUCAAAGAAUAUACUAAAGUUAC